UUAUCAGUCACCGAGUGUCCGGGCCGGUACUGUUUAACCGGGGUUCAAACUGACGCUUUAGCUCCAGUAAAAAACUGUUGUAGCUUUUCCGGGGCCACGUUUUGAAUGUAUGUCAAUCGAAAGCCUGCCCUUUCCCCCGCCCCCUGUCAAACGGUAGGAGGGCAAAAAAACAAGAACAAGCAGCCAGCGGUUAGUUUACCUUUUGAAGUGGCUGUGCGCCGAGUGCUAACUUUUUACUAGAGUUUAAAUGACUGUUAGCUCACCGCGUUAGCUCCAAAAUAUAACAGCUCCGACGACGCUGAAGGCAUUUUGUAGCUGCUUUUUUCGACUCCGGAAACGUUAGCUUCAUCAAAUAUGGUGACUUUGUCAUCGGUAAUGAGACCCCUGGCUUCUCAGCUACACCGACAGCUCGUAAGACACGCCAAGAGUCACCGAGUAACGCCCGUCAGGAGAUGCAACCUCACGGCGUGCUCCAGCAAAUAUGUGCUAUCUCAGAUGCAUCCCAUGUGGCAGGGACCCCUGGCGGUACCCGGAGGCGACCGUCAGUCUCCCAUUGACAUCGUGGUGCGGAAGAGCGUCUUGGAUACACAGCUCAAGCCCCUGGUCACCGACUACGACCCCCAAACCUGCCAGCAGAUCUGGAACAACGGCUACUCCUUCCUGGUGGAGUACGACGACACAUCAGACAAGUCCACGCUGAAAGGUGGACCCCUGCAAGACAAAUUCAGACUGUGUCAGUUCCACUUCCACUGGGGGGAGAACAACGCCUGGGGGUCUGAGCACACCUUGGACAGGAGGCUGUUUCCUGCAGAGCUCCACUUGGUCCACUGGAACUCUGACAAGUACAGUCUGUUUGAGGAGGCAGUGAUGGAGGACAAUGGGCUGGCUGUGAUUGGAGUCUUUCUUAAGGUGGGGAAGAGACACGAGGGGCUCCAGAAACUGGUAGACGCUCUGCCUGCAAUCAGACACAAGGACAGUGUCGUCGAGUUUACCAGAUUCGAUCCCGCCUGCCUGUUACCCGCCAACACCGACGACUACUGGACCUACCACGGCUCUCUGACCACACCUCCUCUGACAGAGUCCGUCAGCUGGAUCAUUAUGAAGCAGCACAUAGAAGUCAGCCAUGACCAGCUGGCAGUCUUCCGGAGCCUUCUGUUCACCUCGGCUGAGGAGGAGGUACAGAAGAGCAUGGUGAACAACUUCCGCGUGCAGCAGCCUCUCCGGGGUCGCACCGUCCGCUCCUCCUUCACCCCCUUCCUGCAGGAGGCGCCGUCAGCCGAAGCCGACAAGCACACCCACUGACAGCGCCAGAACCAGAACCAGUACACACACAUCCUCCCACACCACGACCACCCUCACACAAACACCAACAGUACGGUUUACUGCGUGUAACCAAACUCUCCAGAAUCUUCUCAUUUCUUUCAACAUUGCAGAUUUGAAACAUUUAAGCUGAGAACAUAUUUUCCAGUAAUGAUAACGAUUCCUCUGAGGAGCUUCAGUUACUCUCAGCACUGCUCCUCUAACACCAAAAUGACAGUUAACAGUUUUACAUGGAUGUUGUUAGGAGACGUCUUUUUCUGCUUAGUUGAGAUUUUAAUUAUUUUAUUAAUUAUCAGUUUUUGUUGUGACUGACCAAUAAGCAAUAAGGGAUGGUUGCCGUGGGGAAAAUAUGUAGUUUUACUGAUUUUUAAUUAACAUGAAUUAUAUUUAUUCUAAAUCUACAAUUUAUUGAGUUAUUGUACGUGAGUUUGCACCUGCAGCUCAAGGAAAAAAAGAAAGGAGAAAAAAAGUGAGCGCUGAGCAGAAGGUGUAAACUCAGUUGUACUGUGUGCAGGCCACAGUUGGUACUUCCCGCUGGUGAUGGUUUUAUCCAUAUAAGGAGGCUGGAGCUGCUACCAGUUUACAGCACGACUCCCAGGAGAUUUAACAGACUGGAGUUCUCAUCUGGAAAGACACUCUCCAGAUGAGAUACAAUACAUACAUAUAUAUGUAUCAAAUAUCAAGCUUUUUAUACCACAAUGUCACUUUUAAAAUCUUUUACGGAUGCUUGUUAGGUAAAUGGCUGAUUGAGUCAUCAGUAUGUUAUUAAAAUGAGCAGAAUGUAUGUUUUCUCAAUCUGUUACAAAGAGAUUUUACAUUUUACAAUACACACGACAUUCAAUAUGUUUUAUUGCAUUUGUUUUUUAGAGUUUCUUUACUGUUUUUUUCACAGUAAACAAACUCUAUUCAGCCUUGAAUCUACAUGUUACUAUUACGCACAAACAUGCAGAAACUGUAGUAUUUUAGGACUAUUCUGAUUGAAAGGAGCAGUUCUUCUUCCAUAACUCUGUCUUACUUCAUUCUCAUGUAUCAUAACCACAGUGCCUUACAUGUUGUCUGUGUGAGACUCACUACUGUUGGUAGUUCCCCACCCCAACACAAACUGAGCAUGUUCCACACCUGUUCUCUAGAGCUGCAGUUCAAACACAGCAGAUGAUGUCAGCUCACAGUAACAGUGGAGGCUGAGCGCAUGUUUACUUCACCUCGUUCGUCUUCUUUUGACAGAAGUGAAUCAGCGAGUAAAAGUAGAGCAGCAACAGCAGCAGAGUUCCUUUUUAUCAUCACGCUGCUGUGCUUCAGCUCAGUCAGCUCAGGAAUCAGGCGAACCUGGACCCGCUUUAACAUCCAGGUCGACUAAUCGAAUCAGAUAUCGAGAAGCUUCUGCCGUCUUCGUUCGUCUUGUCUGUUUUGUCAGUUUUCUGUCCAAUCACGUUUGUAUAUCUUUGUGGAAAUUACUAAAAUGAAUCAAAGUAACAUAGGAUAGGACAAACUAAAAUCAGCUGUUUUGGGUUCAGGGGGAAAAAAUGGUUAAAAGAAUUACAAAUGUUACGUUGAAAUUCACAAAGGACACUACCAUUAAUAGCUGCGGUAGAUACAUACAUUAAAGUAUAGACAGUUGACACAGUGGGACCAACUGACAACUACACAGCAGCCUUUUAUAUCAGCCUGCCUGCUUCCACUAUUUCAGCUACUUGCUCUAAAGUGCACUUGAUCUACUUAUCCAGAGCUUUAAAAUCUCUAAACUGGAGAUAAAUCAAGCGCUCCUCUGUCUCUGUCUACAUUUUGAACUUUAUUCAGGAUUUAUUACGACAACACUGCAGACGCCGCCUCAGUUGCAGAUGUCGCAAAUUAAGAGCAAGACCAGGCAACCUCGCAUCAUAUAACAAAAGUCUGGCAUUGUGCUCGUUUCAGCACACACCCAGCAGACAUGGCUCGAAGGUGUGAAGCUCACUCUGCAGCAUUUUUGGGAAGAGAAAGAAAGAUAAGAGGAAAGUAAGUGAGAGUGAUGGAAAGUAGAAGAGGAAAGAAAGCAUAACCAGUUCAUCAGCCUAAUUUCACAUCUCUUGCUUUAACUACAAUUGCACUAAAAACCAUAAAAAGCACAUCAAAGAGCAUGUAUAUCCCACUGACCAUAGAGCAGGGGUGAGAGGUCACGGUUGUCUUUCUAAUCUCUCAGUAACAAAAGCAACCGUCCAAACUGGCCCUCCACCCCCCCCACACACGCGCACAGAGGCACACAUCAGUAGCUCCUCUCCAGUUGAGGCCUUAGCAUGAAGCCACGCACCGAAUAGACUAACUGGACGCGUACUGAAAAGAUGUGACACUUAAAGUGAAGCGCACCCAGUGACGUUAACGUGUCGCGAAGGCUGCAGGCUGGCUACAUAAACAGCGAGAGGGGCCGCAGGUGGCAGGUUCCAGAAGAUUCUUUGAAAAGCAGUCAGGAUUUUUUUGCGCGGACGUCUGGGAAUGUGGCAUGCUCGCUUUAUGAAAACAGAUAAUGCAAUCGAGAAUUUAUGUUUGAUGUAUAUUUUUUUAAAAACCACAUGGAGACAAGGGACCCAGUACUGCCUUCAUCUUGUACAGCUGUAUUUGAUGUAUUUGAAUCAUACACCAUGACUUGCCUUCAUCUUUCAUGACGUUUUAUUCAUGUUCAGCUUCUUUUUUUUUUUAAAUGCCCUUUUGUUUUAAUUUUAAUGAAUGUAAUUAUAUAUACCAAUACAAAUGUUAAAUCUGUGGUAAAUGUUUUGUCUAAAUUUUCUUCUGUGUUAACGUUUAUAUCAGUGAUACAGCAUCAGAAAUCCAGUGAAGGUGAUUUUCUUCAUAGAUUGUUAAAAAAUGGAGAUGAUGUUGCAUGCCACUGCACCUUCAGGAACUCACAAUCUUUCUAAAGGUUUAAUAUAAUAAUUCAGAAUGUUGUCACCAUGCUGUAUUUUCUUCAUGAUGUUUUUCAUCAUCGCCUUCUGUGUCCCCAUGUGCUGUUUUAGCAGGUGUGUGUUAGCCCCAGGCUCAUUGAACGUCUAUUUUUGUGUGUGUGUGUGUGUGUGUGCAUGCGUGUUGUACACCGUAUGCAGUACUUUAUUAUAGCUGUUUAUUUGUUCAGUGGGCAGCUAACAUUCCUGUCCUGUGGGGGCUCCACUAGGUCCAUCUCCCCUCCCAGCAUGCCUUGCUCCACCUGGAUGCCUCUUUAUAGGCCCCCAUCCAGAUGUGCAACCGGGAAGUGUUUUGCUUCCAGAGACCCCUGCUCUGUAGGGGAAUGUAGAAAAAAAACAGUUGAAAAAAAUAGAGUGUGUUGAUUAUAUGAUGUAGAUGCAAAGAUGAUUUUAAAGAAACUGACAUAAUAAUAGGUUGUGUACAUAAAUAAAGUCAUGUGAUGUAA